CAGAAAGAAGAGUCAAACUGUAAGAAAUAGCAAGUGACAUCAAUUCAUCAUUGAUCAUUCCCCCGCCCAAUCGCUGGGGUAGAAACUUUCGGGCAAGGUCGCGUUUCUUCAGCAAUUUGGAUUUCCCCGACCUCCGUCUCUUGUAGACAUCUCCAGUAUUGAACUUUUUUUUAUAUUCAAAUAUUCUGGGCACAUACUUUAUUCAUGUCAGUGUACGGUAAUUGUUGAUUAGUUACCCCGUCAAUUACUUACCGCUACUAGAUCAUUGCUUUGCAUAUCCGUAUCUUCUUCUAUCUUGAAUUUUGGUUGUGUGUUUUUUAAUAAGAUUACGGCAGCAGGAUUUCAGUUGAAGUUGAGGGCGAUUAGUUUGGAUGUCCAAGUAUUGGGGGAGCCAUUUUAAGUGUGUAGUUUGAUCUUUGUGGUGCGUAUAAGAAUUGGGCCGGAGUCAUUUUCAGCACACGACCUGAGUUUUCUUGCGAUUCAUGAAUUCGUAGAAAUGAAGAGGUUGAAAAAUGAGGUACCCAACAUGAGGAGAUUCAGAUUGUCAUAUAUUCUCUUGGGUUUAUCUGGAUUUUAUUUGAUUAUCAUUUGCUUUAAGUUCCCGGAGUUUCUUGAGAGCGCCACAGCUUUUAGCAGUGACAAUGGAGAUACUGCUAAUAUGGGUAUGGAUGCAUUCUUUACCGGGGAGGAAGAAGAUGGUGAAGAAGAACUUAAGAAACGGCAUCUGGGUUCCGUUUACAUAGAUGAUUAUAACCGGAUUCUUCAAAAUAAUCCUAACUUCGAUGCACCUGUAAAGCCUCAUAAUAGGAUCGAUUACGGUCGAAUAGCAACUGCAGUCUUAAACAGACCCGGCAUGACUGGUAAUCUUACUGUAUUGGACAGAAUGGCAGAGGAAGCUUGGAAUUUAGGGUUAAAGGCGUGGGAAGAAGCAGAUGAAUAUGACGAGAAGGAGAUGAUCACAAAUUCCAUAAUUGAGGGAAUGCCUGAAUCAUGCCCAUCCUCCAUCACCACAAAUGGGGAAGAUUUGGCUAAAAGGGACAGUGCUAUGCUCCUUCCAUGUGGCCUUUCAGCCGGCUCUUCUGUCACAGUGAUUGCCACUCCGGGCUAUGCGCAUCGUGAGUAUGUGCCUCAGCUUGCUAAGAGAAGUCACAGAGACGCUUUUGUUUUAGUCUCCCAAUUUAUGUUUGAAUUACAAGGCUUGAAGUCUGUGGUUGGGGAGGACCCACCAAAGAUUUUGCAUCUGAACCCUCGGUUGAGAGGAGAUUGGAGCCACCGGCCAGUAAUUGAGCAUAAUACCUGCUAUAGGAUGCAAUGGGGUAAAUCUCACAGGUGUGAUGGUAUACCUUCCCUAAGUGAUGAGGAUAUGCUUGUUGAUGGGCAUUUGAGAUGUGAAAAAUGGAUGCGAAAUGACAUUAACGCUUCAAAAGAGUCCAAAAUAUUUUCUUGGUUUGAUCGGUUUAUAGGACGAGCAAAGAAGCCGGAGCUGACCUGGCCAUUUCCCUUUGUGGAGGGUAAAAUGUUUAUUCUCACUGUCCGUGCUGGCAUCGAUGGGUUUCAUAUAAGUGUGGGUGGACGACAUCUUUCUUCAUUUCCAUACCGAACGGGAUUCACACUGGAAGAUGCAACAGGGUUGUCUAUAAGAGGUGAUGUUAAAGUUCACUCAGUUUUUGCAACCUCUCUCCCAACUUCUCAUCCAAGCUUCUCACCCCAAAGAGUGUUGGACUUCUCAGAGAAAUGGAAGUCUUCCCCAUUACCCCGUAAUCCUAUUCGUGUUUUUAUUGGCAUUCUGUCUGCCACUAAUCACUUUGCAGAACGCAUGGCUAUUAGAAAAACAUGGAUGCAAUCUCAAGCAAUCAAAUCCUCAGAUGUAGUGGCCUAUUUCUUUGUUGCAUUGAAUCCAAGGAAGGAGUUGAAUGCAAUUUUAAAAAAAGAGGCUACAUACUUCGGGGACAUAGUAAUAUUGCCAUUUAUGGAUAGAUAUGAGUUAGUGGUUCUCAAGACUAUUGCCAUUUGUGAGUUUGGGGUUCAAAAUGUGACCGCUUCUUACAUUAUGAAAUGCGAUGAUGAUAACUUUGUAAGACUUGAUGCUGUUCUUCAAGAAAUCAAUCAUCUUCCUCCUAGAAAGCCUCUUUACAUGGGAAAUCUGAAUCUCUUGCACCGACCUCUGAGAAACGGAAAAUGGGCAGUCAGUGCUGAGGAGUGGCCAGAAGAUGUUUAUCCUCCCUAUGCUAAUGGGCCUGGAUACAUCAUUUCCAAUGAUAUUGCCAAAUAUAUCUCCUCUCAGCAUCUCAAUCACAGUUUACGGAUAUUCAAAAUGGAGGAUGUGAGCAUGGGAAUGUGGGUGGAGAAGUACAACAGCACAAACCCCGUCCAGUAUUCUCACAACUGGAAGUUCUGUCAGUAUGGAUGUACAGAGAAUUACUUCACCGCGCAUUACCAAUCUCCACGACAAAUGGAGUGCUUGUGGGACAAUCUACUCAAGGGCCGUGUUCGUUGUUGCAACUUCUAGAUUAUUACAUCCCCACUUGAAAUUCACACUGAAUCUUUGGUCUGAUUUCGUGCAAGUUUUUUCCAGCAGAUGUCGGUUACCCUACAACCGUUUAGGAUUGUGAACGUGUAGGGUUUUCUACAGAUUGAUUGGUUAGUUUUGUUUCAAAUAGCCAUUACAGUGUCGAUUGUAGCAUUUGGGGACCUCUCUGCCCUGGCACUGAACCAGCAAUCGGGUUCCUUGUCAGUGCUGAAGAGCCAUUUAUAGUACAGUAAGGUCUGUAUGGCUGGACUCUGGAUGCCAAUUUUGUGAGCAAUUUUUUUUAUAAUGUGUGUGUGUGA